UGCCUGUUCCUUUACCCCCACACAGACCGAGACUUCUUUGGUUAUAGCACCAGAGGGCAAUGGUACUCAGUGGGGUGCUAGCCCUGGGACUCCACAUCUUGGUGACUCUCCUGAGCACUCAGGAAGCAGAGGCCAUCCAAGCUGACCACAUGGGCUCCUAUGGACCAGCCUUCUACCAGUCUUACGAUGCCUCGGGUCAGUUCACCCAUGAAUUUGAUGGGGAACAACUCUUCUCUGUGGACCUGAAGACAAAGGAGGCUGUGUGGCGUCUGCCUGAGUUUGGCAACUUUGCCCGCUUUGACCCGCAGGGUGGGCUGGCCAGCAUCGCUCUGAUCAAAGCCCAUCUGGACGCCUUGGUGGAACGCUCCAAUCGCACCAGAGCCACAAGCGUGCCUCCAAAGGUGACCGUGCUCCCCAAGUACAGAGUGGAGCUGGGCCAGCCCAACGUCCUCAUCUGCAUUGUGGACAACAUCUUCCCCCCUGUCAUCAACAUCACCUGGCUGCAUAAUGGUCAGAAAAUCACCAAGGGUGUGGCCCAGACCAGCUUCUAUUCCCAGCCUGACCAUUUAUUCCGAAAGUUCUACUACUUAACCUUCGUGCCCUCAGCCGAAGAUGUCUAUGACUGCAAAGUGGAGCACUGGGGCCUAGAGGAGCCGCUCCUCAAGCACUGGGAGCCCUACACACCUACCCCGCUACCAGACACCACAGAGACCUUCAUCUGUGCCCUGGGUCUGGCCAUCGGCCUAGUGGGCUUCCUCGUGGGCACCAUCUUCAUCAUCAGUGGCACGUGCUUGUCCAGCACCCCCAGGCAACGGCCCUUCUAAGAGAAGCAGAUUGGGGAUACACCCUACGGAUUCCUCGCAGGCUUCUGACAGACCUUGCACGCUCAGUGUCAUAGUUUACUAAGAACAUCCUCUCCUUACUGGCUUCUAAUGGGGCCAAACUUCAUCCUAUAUGCCCCCUGCUUUUUGGCCCCAGUGCUCCUGGCAGAAAUUUGUGGGGCACCAACCACCUCCACUUUCUACCCCUGACAUUCACACGCACUUUCUUGUGUACCCAAAGCUCUGACUAGCAGCAGUAAAUUCUUUAAUGGUGUUUGUACUGUAUCUUUCUUACUGGGUCUUGGCCAAUUCUCCCAUGGUGUGAGGGAUGUUCAGGCCUGGGAGAGGGGACUCCAAAUGAUGACCAUUGUCGGUGACCGACUGGUACUGGGGAUUGGCAGUCACCCUCAGGCCAGUCCAGCUGUGUUUGGCCCUAUUUCACUCAUCGCUCAGGCUCUUUGUGUGUUACUUGUGACUGGGCCAUUUCACACAGACUUCAUGAAAUUUGUCUCUUGAAUUCCAAUCUGACCUAAAAUGGAUGCAGAGCGUCCUGUUCAUUGUAACACCCUCAACCAACGACAGCUCUGAAGGGCCCUGGGAGAGGAAAGGUUCACAGGGAUUCCACUCCUCUCCAGAUUUAUUCUCUGUGAAGAGGCUAUUCGUGUCCAGCCUUGAUUUAUAAUGUCAUCUCCUUUUUCUACAUUCUCUAGAGUCCUGUGCAUAGCAAAGAGAGGUCUAAGGCUUAGAUAAAUGGCUACUUCCCUCUGGGGGACAAUCACAUUAGGCAGGAGAGGAACAGAAUAGAUCUACAGGAUGUCUGCUAAAAGGGAGCUCUAAAGACAGAUCCACCGGAACUCUCUCUAAAUAUGUGGUCUGAAAGAUUUUAAUUUACUCUGAGCAAAUUAAAAACACACAGAAACACACAAAGAGACAAGUAAUCAGAUAAGGUAGUUUAUGCAAAGCAGCAAAUGAGUGGUACACAAUGAUUCCACACCAGAAUCAUUUGGGAGCAUUUAAAAGUACAGACACGAACCCAGACCUACUGAAUUAGAAUCUUGGGGGUGGAAUAGAUGGUAAUGACAUGGAAUCUGUAACUUUUAACAAUCUCUUUAGAUGGUUCUGAUGCAGCCAGCCUGAAACUAGGCUAUGUCUGGUAACUGGGACCUACUGACAUAGUUUGGUGCUACUGGAGGUCAUUGGAGGGAGGGUCCCUGAGAUCUGAGCUUUCUGAAGAACUUUGAUCUUCUAGGCCAUAAAAGUUGGAUAAGAUACAAGUGGGGGUUCAAAGACCUGGAAAAGAAAGAAACCAAAAAUGAUGGACUUCCCAAGAGAGAAUAAGUUGGGAGAAAUCAUUGACCAGAAGAAGACUCUGAUGAAAGGAUCAUUCUUAGUCAAGUGUUUGGUUACAAGUAUGAAAAACCCGCUUAAAAUAAACACAGGCAAAUGUAUUUACAAUAAGGUGUAGUGCAUAGAAUCCAAGGGUGAGCCAACUACCACAGCCUCCACCAGACUGAGUCCAGCACAACUAAAUGGUGCCCAGCUACCACCACUGACUGCUCUGACAGGGAACACAAUACAGGGUCCCAGACAGAGCUGGAGAAAUGUAGGACAAAAUUCUAACUCACAAAAAAAGACCAGACUUACUGGCCUGACAGAGACUGAAGAAACUCCAAGAGUAUGGCCCCUGGACACCCUUUUAGCUCAGUGAUGAAGUCACUCCUGAGGUUCACCCUCCAUCCAAAGAUUAGACAGGCUCAUAAAACAAAAUGAGACUAAAGGCGCACACCAGCUGAGGGGCAAGGACUAGAAAGUAGGAGGGGACAGGAAAGCUGGUAACAGGGAACCCAAGGUUGAGAAGGAGAGGGUGUUGACAUGUUGUAGGGUUGGUAAUCAAUGUCACAAAACAAUAUGUGUACUAAUUGUUUAAUAAGAAGCUAGUUUUUUCUGUAAACCUUCAUCUAAAGUACAAUAACAAAAAAAAAAAAGAAGAAGAAUCCAAGGAUGG